GGUCUCGGGCCCUCAGGCGGAGCGGCGGGCGCCGGACCCCCAGGCGGAGCGACAGGUCUCGGGCCCUCAGGCGGAGCGGCGGGCGCCGGACCCCCAGGUGGAGCGACAGGUCUCGGGCCCUCAGGCGGAGCGGCGGGCGCCGGACCCCCAGGCGGAGCGACAGGUCUCGGGCCCCCAGGCGGAGCGGCGGGCACCGAGUCACCAGGCACGACAGUGGGCUCCGAGUCAACUGGUAUGACCGCAGGCACUGGGUCAGACAUUGUAUGGUCUGGCUGGACAGCGGGCAUCGGGUCACCAGGCAUCAGGUCAUUUGGCUCGACAGCGGGCACCGCGUCAUCUGGCAAGGCAGUGGGCUCCGAGUCAACUGGUAUGACCGCGGGCACUGGGUCAGACAUUGGAUCGUCUGACUGGACAGCGGGCACUGGGUCACCAGGCAUCAGGUCAUUUGGCUCGACAGCGGGCACCGCGUCAUCCGGCAAGGCAGUGGGCUCCGAGUCAACUGGU